AACUACAUCCCUUUUUUGGCUGCGGGGCUCGCGCUGGAAUUGCUGUUUGUGCAGCAGGAUCCUGUGCGCGGGGAGGGCUGUGGCUGCUGCCUGUGGCGCACCCGUGACCCGCUGCUGGCGGGAGUGGAGUUAGUGGCUUGUUGGAAAGAAAGUUAGAAGUGUGUGUGUGUGUGUGUCGGUGGGUGGGAAACCUGUGGGGAAAGUUUGCACCUUAGUCUCCGGAGCGGCAGUAGCGGAUCAUGCAGCGGGGGAGACUCACCCUCCUAGUGUCUCUGGCUUUUCUUCUGCUCCACGUGAGAGGUGAAGACGACUUUAACUUAGAAGAUGCAUUAGGCCCCGAGCCUACAAAGACGCCUGGUUCAGCUACCAAAAAGCCGGAGUUGGAUGACCACCCAAAACCUCAGCCUGGAAGCAAGGACAAUACUGGUGGCAGCUUUAAGGAUGAAGACUUAGUUGAUGGUAAACUUCCACCAGAAAAAAGGGGAGAAGGUGAUACCAAUCCCAAGAGUGAAGGAGAUGCGGCAGCCUCUCAAGGAGUGAUACCUGGAAUUAUAAGUGCUGUGGCUGUAGCAGUUGUUGGAGCAGUAUCUAGCUUCAUUGCUUACCAGAAGAAGAAACUCUGUUUCAAAGCAAGUGGAGAUCAAGAGAAUGUUAAUAUGGAAAGUCAGCAAGGAGCACAUGCAGAGCCACCUGUUCAGCGAACACUUCUGCAGAAAUAAUCCAGGGAAACUCAAGGUGAAGAAAAGAUGAGCAAAACUGGAUAGAAAACCUGCAUAUCUGCCUGAAAAAAACACAAUGUAAACAGCAGGGGCUUGAGUUUCAAAAUUGCAUGAAAAAAAAAUGUAGUCCUGUUGAAAUAUCCUCGGAAAGGAUGGGAGGGAUGUUUUCAAAUACCUGAGCGUUUUUCUGUGGUUAGCCCUGUGAAGCGCAGUGUUGCCCACUGACAAUUGGCCUUAAAAUAGUGAUGUUCUGAAACAACUUGUGCCUUUUAAUUCUCAACUCUGCUGUUGUGGCAAGAACUAUCGCUGGUGUAUAUCUGAACUGACUACUAUUCUGGCUAGCCCCUUUUCCUUACCCCUUAAAAAAAAAAUCAGUAGAUCUGUUAAUGUACCAUUACUUAGACACAGCUCUAACAUUGUACCAUUGUAUGGGUACAUCUACACCACCCACAACAGGGAGCCUCCCACUCUGGGCUGACAGACUUGGGCUAGCAAGGCUCACGCUAGUGCUCUUAAAAAUAGCAGUGGAGGCUGUGCUUUGAAGUUGCAGCCCAGGCUAGUACUCGGGCUCUGAAGCUUAGAGAGGUGGGUGGGCUCCAAAGCAGGAGCUCCAGCCCAUGCUGCGACGUCUACCCAGCUAUUUUUAGUGCAAUAGCGCAAGUCCCAGGAGCCCAACUCUGUUAACCUGAAUUGAGAGGCUUGCUGCUGUGUGCUGCAUAUACUUACCCUAAAUUGGGUAAUCGUACUAGUGAAGACACCCGUACAGUUCACUUGAAAGUGAAGUUUAAAAAAAAAACAAUUCUAGUAAAUGUUACAUUUUGUGGGCACCUGAAUGCAAACUGUUAGCUUAAAAAAGUAGCCAUGUCAUCUGAAAUAUUGACCAAAUGAGUGUGUGUGUGUGUGUGUGUGUUUGACAAUGGUGUUGUCUGUGCAGCUGCAUGGGUCAGCUUAGCAGGAAGGAGGUACUUAUAUCUGUCCUCUAAGGAAAAAAAAGUGUUUCUUUUUAUCGUUUUUCUUCACUAUGUCUGUCUGGUACAGAUCCAGAAAGCCCCAAUGUGCUUCAGUGUCUCAAAGUUGCUUUUUAUACCGAUUAACUAAAAUAGAGUUGAUCAAAAAAGGAAAAGCCUGACUUACAAAUCAGAACCCUACAUUGGCUGCUUUUCAUUUGGCUGGGUGUGUCUUUCUGGUGUUCGUGAGAAUUCAAACAGCUGCCAAGAAUUAAUUUGUAUGCAGUUUGGGACUGACAGACAUUUCCAUGACUGCUCACCUGAAAGUUUUAACAGAAGGUCAUUAUAUAUACUUUCAGUUUUGAAAGGUUUGUCAUCCAGUCAGAAAGCAGAAACAAUACAACUAACUUAUGUGGUAACUCUGCAACGUGGAUAAUCAAGAGCACUCUAAACUAGGGUGACCAGAUAGCAACUGUGAAAAAAUGGGACAGGGGGUGGGAGGUAAUAGGCGCCUAUAUAAGAAAAAGUCCCAAAAAAUGGGACUGUCCCUUUAAAAAUGGGACAGUCAUCAACUUUGUCAUCAACUUCCUAAAAUAAACAUGUACAUAGUCUCUUUAAAAUGAGUUCUUAUUAGAUACAUUAAUAUUUGAAUGCACAGAGAUUUGCAGGUUUUGGCAGGAAAAAAGUCUGCGCUAGUCCAAAUGAUAACCUUAUGUAAAAAGGUUCAUUUGUUUACUAUAUGAAUUACUGUAAUUCUCCAGAUUCUCACCUAUGCACUUACCAGAUGCACUUUUAAAUAAAAUUGUCACAUAGUGUUUUGUAAAAUUGCACAAAAACUGAAGUUAUAUUACAAACAAAAUCUCCUUGGUACAGCUGGUCAAACUAUUCAUUGUAACCAGUAUUAGUUACAAAUCUAAGCCCCAGUCCUUCAAUUGACAGCAUAUAAGCAGACUGCUGUGCUUGAAUGGAGCACCACUGACUUUCCUGGGGCUCCAUACAAGUACAGCAGCCCCUGUGUGCUAUUAGCUGCAGGACUGAGGCUUUUUUCUGCUGUCAGUCCUUCAUGAACCCAACAGAGGUCCUCGAAUGUGUUUGUUAUUCCCAAGCAUUUGCUGAAUCGUGUGGAGAGUAAUUUUUAGGAACUCAGUUCAGAGUAGGGUGACCAGAUGUCCAGCUUUAAAUGGAUUUUUUUUUAAUUAUGAAAAUCAUUGGUAAACCAGUUUGCCCCAUUACUCUAUUUUUUUCCUGGAUUAAAAUGUUAAAACAUGCAAGUGUGUUAUUGAUGGAAAAGUUACUAUAUUGUAGGUGAGAUCCUUUGACUGUAAUUAUUAAACUAAUGAAAUGCCUUGCUUACCUUCACCAACAAAUGUAUUUCAUAUGUAUCAUUGUCAAGUGUCAAGCACACUGAAACAUGCCAAUAGCUGUUUUGGGGUUCUUUAAACAAGCUUUCAAUUAAUUAGGAUUGUGGAUCCUUCUUUAGAUUUCUCAAACCUCUUAAGAAUUAGUCAUUGAAACCUCAGACUAUUAACAUUGUGCCUUUUUUUAAUAAACAUUUGUAAAGUUACUUUGGUUAAGUAUC